AUGGAUCCCGAUCUUCUAUUGGCCAUUGCUUUGUCAGAGAGUCUAAUGGUACAUGGUGGCGGCGGAUCAGAGUCUGCCAAUCCAGAUAACCAAGACAAUGAUGACACUGCCAAUAACAAUAACAACAACAACAACAAGGACUCUGAGAUGGAUACUUCAUCAGAGAGUCCAAAACCAACAGACAAGUUCAAGCUUUACUUUGUCGAGCUCACAAAGUCUUUGAAAGCAGAUGUGUUGAUUGAUCACAUGCCACUAUUCAAUUUGCUUCGAAGCCAUAACUUGAACAUGCUGUCGCCCACACAAAUCUUCUACCUCUCCCAAGUCGUCGAGUACAUGUCAUUCCUAAUCAUCGAUGGAAAGUUGAAGAAUGUCGACCGUAGCAUCAUCAAUGAGUUUUGUAAAUGCUCUUUGGACUUUUGUUUGAUGACAUUGGAGAGAUGGUGCGACAGCGUUGAACAUAACAGUGCAGAGAAGAAGAUGAUGGGCUCGACACCGACUCAUUUGCUCGAGAUCAUCGACAUGCUCUGCUGUAUAGAGUUCCCGCCCUCUGAUCUCAACAAGCUCAGCUUUGAUCAAUGCCCAUCAUUCCUCGACUUUGAAGUGGACGUUGACGCCUUCUUUAGCAGCGGCAAGAGUACUGCCGCUGCCACAGCAGCAGGUAGCGAGCCAAAGUCAGAUCAGCAAGAGCAGACACAGCAACCAAACAUAACAACAACGACGGACACUCCUUCCAAACCGACGUCAACCAAUGUAUACAGCCAAUUCCUCAAGGUUGGCAUGAAGGAGGCCCCGGCGCCCCCAGCGGGCGCACCUGCCGCGUCGACCGCCAAGUACAAGGAGGUGGCGUCGACCGCCAGGAACGACGCUGACGCCAACGAGGAGCUGGUCAAGAUCAACUCGCACUACUUCAAGUCGAUCAAGGGUCCCUCGCGCAUGAUUGCCAUCUGCUCCAGUCUGCUGCUUCCCUACUCGCCUGACCUGGAGGUGUCGGAGCGCUUCCAGGAGUUCAAGGAUCGCGAGGAAUACACCGGCUACUUCAUCAACAAUGUGCACGACAUCCUCUUCACCGAGGGCUUCGAGACACUGGACAUUGCCUCGAUACCUUGGACCAUCGACUUUAUCAGCCGACUGAUUGGCACGCUCAGGUCCUACCAGGCCUACAACAUCAAGCAUCAAAUACCCAUUCUCAAGUCCAACCUGUUCACUCAACAGCUCUUUGAGAACCUAUUCCAAUUGCUUGGCAACAAGCUCAGUUGUCCAGAUUUGAAAGCAAAGGCAGAGAUAUUCGUCUCACUCUGUAUUUUAACUGAUAUUGAACGAAUGAAUAUCAGGAUCGAAGACAUCAUAUCGAACGAUAGGCUGGUGCAGAAGGAGUAUCUCUGUUGGCGUCCUCAGUUGGUCAUCAUGGCGAUAAACCUUGUGUUUGAGCAUUUGGAGAACAACUCCAAUCUUGAGGAGCAUCUUCUCAAGACACUGGCCGUCAACCCAGCUGCCAUGGCGGGCGGCGGCGCGAUCGCCAGGCGCGAGCCCGAAACCAAAUUUAUCAACUACGCGACAUCAUCAACAUCCACAAUCUCAUCACCAUCAUCAACAACAACAACGGAGAAGCAGUCGAUUUGGUUCGACUACUUCACUCCAAAGCAAUUCACUCAACAGGAGCUCUGCCAAACGUUCGCCACCAAUGCAUUGCUCGAUUCAAUCUUCACCAUUCUCUACAUAUCUUGCUGCAGGAUCAAGGAGACUUCAUCCCUGGUAUCUGGCAAUGUACAUUCAUCAGGCGCACCCGCCUCGGCUGGGGCCAAGGACACCCCCACGGCCAAGGACGCGAACAAUACCAGCAGCAGUGGCGACGAAGAGAACAUGUUUGGCGGCCUGUUCCACGAUGACGGCGCCAGUGACAGUGGUAGCAGCAGCAGCAGCGACACGUCCCUAUCAUCGUCAUCCAACAUCCUCUUUAAGACGCCGACCAAGGGAGAUCAGAGCGGCGCCACGUUGAUCGAGUCCAUCUACUCCUUAUCCAAGGAUGAUGGAGACUCGGAGCUCUCCUACAUCAAGUUUGUCAACGAGCUGUUUGCCAAGGCCACCGCCUCCCAGUCGGCACCGCUGCUCCACCUGCUCAAGAGCAGCCUGUCACUGGUGCACCUGCGGGUGUUGGCACAGCUGCUCUACUUCCAGUCUCCGGGUGUUCGCAUCGACGGCGAGCGCGUCGGCCCCCUCAUCCACGCGCCCGCCCUGACCAGCCUCUUGCAGACCGUCUGCUUCAACAUCACGAGGAACGACUGCGUCUCUGACGAUCUGACCCACCAGCUGAUACGCACCAUACUUAUGAACAAGGACAAGGACGGUGCGUUUGCUGUGCCUAGCGUGAUCCCGCGCGAGCAGCUUACAUGGCUCGCAUGGAUGUUUGUCAAACUGCAGAGCACCAGAGGUGCACAGGAUAACGAUGAAACGGCCACCUUUUUGUGGGACGAGUUCACCUCGCGGACGAUGCAAUGCGCCAAGUCUGACAAUGCCAACGACAACAACGAGCUCAAGGAGGUGUACGACAUUGACUACAUCAUCUUCCUGUUGUUCACCUUCCACUCAAUGGACGAUCAACAUCGUCUGGACAUCAUCAAGCGCGCUCAUGACAUCAUCCAAACAGUGGUCUCACGUAACAGAGACACUCAAUUUGUACCAAAGUCUUUAAUAUUCUCAAGGUUCUUGCUUGUUGUACAAUAUGUUAUCUUUAACUUUGACACCAUGUCUUCCAAGCUCUCGACGUUGUUCUACAGCAGCAUCUUGACAUCCAAUGUCAAGCCGUCUGCAUCAACCGAGAUCAAUCAGUCGAUCAUUAACAAGUCCUAUCAGUACAUGUUGAAUGAUGCCCAGCAGCUUAAGUCGCUGCUGUACGAGUUCAACUUGGGCGAUGCCAAGUGUGGUUGGGUCGAACCCGCUGCCAGCCAGCUGCUUUCAUCUGUCACCCAGUUGUUUGAGCGCUGUCACGUGUCCUACCAGGAGUUCCACCAGCUUGUCCAGUUUGGCCUAUGCGGACUGGUACAGCCGUCACCCACCGUCGAGGCCAGCCUACAGCCAACUCAAUCAGUGCUGUUUGAUUACAUCGUGUCCACUAGCUGUGUGCUAGUCUACUCGCUGCCACUGCCACCAUCAUUCAUGCAAGCAAUCAAAGACAAGUCACUCUUUGCUACCUCAAUAACCAAUGAAUCAAUCAUCUAUUUGACGUACUUGACGAACCUACUACAUUGCCCUACGUCGCAGCAGCAAAGCGAGUUGAUGCUGGAGAUACCUUGGAACUGCAUUGCAAAGAAUGUGAUUGGAAACAUUGGAAAGGUGAAUCAACAGGGCAAGGCAUUGAGAUCACAGAGCCUUGUCGAUGCGUCGCUCAGCCUCCUGAUAGCAAUAUUUGACAAGCAGGAGAUCAGCAGCAGCAACAAUAGCACGAGCAACAACAACAACAACAACAACAAAACCGACAGCGAGGAUAUGGAGGGAUGGUCACACGGACUAUUUGACUCUGGCGAUGACAGCAAGCCAUCUUCGACCACAACCACGACCGAAGACACAAAGAUGGAUACCGAGCCGAGCAUAGCCGCUCCACCCGUCUCACCCAACGCGAUCACACCAAAGUCUCUAGGCGAGAUGCUGCCAGCCGUCUACGAGUGCCUCAUUGGUCUGUUUGUACACUACAAGAAGGUUCACAAGCAGGCAUUGACGAACCAGCUGAUCAGCACCAACGUCGACCACAUCGAGCUGGUCAAGGAGUGCUUUAGCUUCUCCAACAAGUCGGAUGUGUCCUCGCUGAUGGAGUCUCUUACCUUCCCCAAAGAGGAUCGCGAAGUCGUCGACCGUUGGACCAAGCUGAUCAAGACCGAUGUGCCACAGCUGUCCAAGACCCAGGAGGUCACCUUUGACUGGAUGAUCCAUCGCUUCCAUUCGCUCACAUCGCCUCCCGCCAGCAAAAUUGGCAAAUCGCCGCUGCAAUAUCUGGACAUCAUCUCAAGCCAGCACAUCUUCAGCCUGCUAGUCGAUCUGGCGUUUGUUAUCAUCGGAAUCGAAGGCACGAGCGACAGGAUUCCAUCACUCAAACUGGAGCUGUCCUACGAGCACAUGUCGCUCAAUAUCGACCAGAUGCUGUCGUUCUCCAAGGAGUCGCAGUACCUGGAGCUGUCGACCAACCAGCUGACCUACCUCAUCAACCUGGCCAAGAUCCACUCUUUCGAGCGCAUCAUCAAGUCGCUGGUGCUGCUGACGCCCACGCAGCGCCAGUGUCCCGCACUCGAGACCAUCAUCACCACCAACCUGGACAACAUCAUGCUAGUGGCCAAGAGCUACCCGAGCCACCUUUACUGCUACUACAUCUCGCCGUCAGUCAGUAGCUCGCCCAUGGGCGACAAGUUCGAUGUGAAGCUGCACACAGGUGACAUCAUCAGUCUGCUAUGGUUGGCCAUGAACAAUCAGAGCUUUACAAUCAAUCGCAAGGCUAUCUCUACUCUCAUCCAGGUCAUGGCUAUCCCCAUGCCCGUUGACUUCCUCACCUCAUUGCGCUCGCAUGCCAUCACAGCACUCUCUGGAGUGGCUUUCAACGAUCUCCAGGCAUGGUUCGAGCAGAAGUUGUUGGGAGUUAUCACUCCAUAUGAUGAUCCAAUGAUAACUGAUGACAACAACAACAACGCCAGUGGUAGCAGCAGCACGAGCACAACAAUCUCCACAUCCCCAUUGAAGCCCACAAACACUCAAACACAAGAGCUUGUCAUUCGUCUCAUUGGACUGCUGAUUGGCGUCAAGGAGUUCUACAACUUCACGUCGGUUCAGCCAACCGUGGAGGAUAAGGAGAGUGAUGAGGAGGAUAUCGACAUCAAGCCCAAGUCAAAGGCUGCCAAGAAGCUGUUUGCCCCCAAGAAAGCUGCUUCCCCGACCCUGGCGCCUGCCUCACCCCUGCCCAUCGUGGACAUUGACUGGGACGAGUCGGUCAAGGACAUUGCACCACUUCUCUUUGAUCUCUUACUUGGAUGCUUCAAUACGGCAUUCAAUCAAUGGGUCGAUUACCCUCAUCUGCUCAAGGGCUACUUCAGUCUGCUACAGAUCGUGGCGCUCAAGCAGAAUCAACUUCUCAAGCUGUUCGACGUGAUCUCCAACUUUACUUCGCCAAUCAUUGCCAAGCCAUCGCAGAAGCACAUUGACUCACUCAAUCUCAUUCUUCAGUUUGUUGAGAAUCUGCUUGAGAUCAUCAAGCUGGACCAGCCUCAGGUCCACCACGCCCGCCACGCUCAAUCACACGCUCGCGAGCAGGCGACUGCAGCUGCCGCAUCGGCACCAGUGCCCAUGGUCACAGACGACGACAACUCAUUGGUCGACAACGAUGAGGAGGAGGAAGAGGACGACCUGGACGAGGAGCGCGAGUGGAAGGCGCCCAACAAUCUCAACAACGUCACAAGCGAGCUAAGUCAUGGCGACAACAUAUACUACAUCGAACCAGAGGAGACAGCGGAAGCCAAGCUUGCUUCGAUGCUGUGCACGUACACCACCACCAAGGACGAGUACAUGGACCAACAUUGGUACUCGUGCUACACGUGCAACCUCAAGGACUCGGAGGGUUGCUGUGGCGUCUGCGUCAGGGUUUGCCACAAGGGCCACAACGUCAGCUACAGUCGCUACACAAGAUUCUUUUGUGAUUGUGGAGCUGGCGUCUGCAAGACACCCUGCAAGUCGAUGAAGACGCGCACCUACCAGCCCAAGAAGCAACAGCAGAAUGGCAACAGCGGACAAUCAUCAUCGCAGGCAUCUGGCUCAUCCAACAGCUCCUCAUCACAACAGUCCGAGGGCAACUCGCUGUUUGCCAGCUUCGUCACGCAACAAGACAAAGACAAGCUGCUGGCCACCAUUCGCAGCAGCACUGGCUCAGACAUUGUCUCCAAGAUCAAUGACCUCUAUCCCCAGCUCAUCCAGAUGUACAUGCUCGUGUCCAAGCCUCACGUCGACGUGCAGAAGGCGCCCAAGUUCAACAUCUUCCCCGCGCCAUCUGAGGCCAAGGCCAAGGAGAUUGUCGCCGACUCUGACCUGUUCGCUCUGAAGAAGUCAGCCAAGUACAACACAUUCGACGCCAAGAUCAAGUAUGAGGGCACAGAGGGCAACCAGAUGAAGAACCUAAUCGCCUCUGGCCACAUCCAGCGCCGUGCCAUUACGUCCAACUCCAAGGGCAUCGUGGCAUUGGCCGAGGGCGAGACCGUCAGCAUCAUCAACGUGUCCAAGCUACUAGAUGACGACGCGGCCAUCGACAAGUCGUCAUUCAAGGUGCUGUCCAAGUCAGCCGUGCAGUUCCCCAUCGUGUCAAUGUCGUUCAACCCCGCCAACGAGCGAUACCUGGCAGUUGCCGGCUAUAAGGACUGCAAGAUCCUUACAAUCAACCACCGUGACGAGAUUGUAGACCAGUUGCUCGUCGACCUUUCACUGUACGCACUUGGUGAGAACAUCUAUAUCAUCAAGGUGGAGUGGGUUGUCGGUUCGCAAGUUGAGCUGGCUGUCGUCACCAACGAGUUCAUCAAGAUCUACAACCUGGCUCAGGACAACCUGUCGCCCAUCCAUUUCUACACUCUGGUCGAGGACUACAUCCGCGACAUGACAAUCGUGCGUCGCAACAACACCAACUACAUCGUGGCGCUUGCAGAGUCUGGCAUGCUAUACUUCCAGGCAAUCCAGGAGAGCAUAGACGACGAAUCGUGUAUCAUGAUCGAGACGAUCCAGGUGCCCACAGCCAAGGUGUCCAGUGGCGUCUCUGUGUUCAGCGCUCCAGACCUCGAGAUGCUGAUCUGCACAUACACCAAUGGAGAGGUGCAUGCGCUGAAGCUGGACGAGAACAUGUCCGUCGCCGGAACGUUCACGAUCAACGACCCCAACCUCAAGACGUCGAUGCCAUCGAUGAACUUCCUGCAGCUCACUCCUAACUUCUCAAACAUCUUCACAUGCUUGGCGUCACGAGGUGGCUUCUUGCUCACAGUGCGUCUACAGAUGAGUGAGAUCGCUAUUCAGGCAAUCAAGAUGACGCUCAAGGUAGAGGGCAUGACUUGGGUCAACAAGUCUGCUCCCAAGUUGUUGGUUCUCCUCGACGAUGGAUCACUGAGCCGCUACGACUACAACAUUGACUCGCCACUCACUGUCGCACCCAAGGACACCAAGCCCAAGGAGAAGAUUGAUUUGGGCAUCGACUUGCUGUCCACAAUCAGGAACAAGCUGCCCACAGUCAAGCAAGCUGACGCUGACUCGGCCCCAGCCACACCAGCAGUCAAGACUGUCGCUAAGAGCGAUCCGGUGUUCCCCAUUGACUUCUUUGAGCGUGUCGAGUGCAUCACACCCUCAACCAAAUAUGGCGGCGAUCCACUACAGGCCUACUCAAAGGAGGAGAUCAAGAGGAAGCUCGAAGCUGCUGGAGAGUACAUUGCUGGCCAGAACCUCGACUCGCUCAACAUUGUGCUACUCAACGAAGACCCCGACAUUGUGAUCUGCGGUGUGCGAGUACUCGUUGGCGAGGCGUCCACCAAGCACAUCCCCACAAGCCUCAAGGUGCACAAUCGCGUCAUCAGCUGCACAGAGGGGAUGAAGAGAUGGUACGACAUUCCUCUCACACAGGCCGAGUCUCUCAAGUCGAGCAAGAAGUUGACGUUGACUGCUACGGCCACGUUCAACAUGACCAACCCACCAAUCAUCGACUCACUCGAGGUAUAUGGCGUGGACAAGGACCUCAUCGGAUGGAAUGAUUCUGACGACCAUAAGAAGGACGAGGCGUUCGAGACUCACAACCCAACAGAGUCCGCCCUGCACUACUCUGUCACCCUACUCAAGUACUUCUUCUCGUUAGCCAAUGGCAACAGCACAUCGACAGACUCAGGAAACUACAUUGAACGCAUGAGACAGAACGCUCUGCAGUACUUGCCAUCGAUCCUGUCCGACCCGCAGCUGGCCUUCCUUCAGACCAGCGUCAAGUCCCUGCUCAAGAUCCUCAACCCCUCACACGAAGCCUAUCUAUCGCUCAAGCAUACAACUCUCCUGCAGAGCGCCAGCGACGCGAUCACCAGGAUACUCAAGAGCACUGCACAUGGCGCAUCGCCCAUGCUCACCAGCAACAACAGCAACAUCGCGUUGGCCGAUGGCGACGUUGAGCGUCUUGAGCACAUCAUCCGCGUGCUAAAGAAGAUCAGCUGCAGCCGUCCAAACAACCUCACCAACAACCUCUUUGCCACGCGCCCCACCUUCCUUGCCGAUCUCAUGGCGGUGUACCGUGCGGCCACCAACCAAUCGUCUCCGCCCGCCGUUAUCAACGCGCUGGCAAACGAGCAGGUCGUCUCCAACAUCACCCACUUCCUCUGGAACUGCAUGCAGACACAGGCGUUCCCAACAUCGCAGAUCUUUGAUCUCUUCAAGUCCCUGCUCACACAUAGCUCCGAAGCGGUCAAGACACGCUCGGCCACCGCCCUCUGCUCGCUGAUCAACAAGUCUGGCGCUGCCAACUUGUCCACUGGUGCUGCCAGCCAGACCAAUGCCUCCAAGAAGCGCAGUGGACAAGACGAUUCGAACGACAUGGUGAUCGAUGAGAUUGUAUUUAGCUGUGACCGUUGCUCGACCAAGCCCAUACUCAACAAGAGAUGGCACUGCGAAGCCUGCGAGGACUUUGACUUGUGCGACAACUGCUAUCAAACCAUUCGUCAGAGCAACGAACAUCCAAGCGACCACACAUUCACUGAGCACAUCCUUGACGAGCCCAUGAAGAUUGACUCGGCUGAGCCGAGUGCUCCAGAGCAGCCCAACAAGCCUGCCCCCCCAACCACAGAGGAGGACGAGGAUCUCCAAGCUGCGAUCGCGAUGAGCUUGGACUUGCCAGAGGCUUCAGCAUCCACCUCCGAGCAACCAGCAACCGCCGCUCAAGAAGGCAACAAGGAGGACUCCACACUCUUGUUGUUCCGUUUCUUCCUCGAUGAGACGGUUAGCCUUUAUGAGAAGGGUGUCCAAACGAUCUUGCCAUUUGCGCAAGUGUUCCACGCGCUCUUUGUACAGCUCAGCCCCAAGGUACUGGCAUCAGAGCACGUCAAUCGUUUCGUGGACGUGGCAAUCAAACAACUGACAAGCCACGACGCCACACUGGAGAAGCACCUGUCCAACAAGACCAACUCAUUGGAUGGCGACAUCAUGAUCAUACUCUUGCUCUCCAUUCUACUGGAUACAGACGAACACAAGCAUCUGCAACAACAGCAGCAGCAACAGAGCAGCAAGACAUCGACAUUGCCAAUGUCGCCCCUGCUCAUGUCAACGAGUCAAGGCUCCUCCACCCCCAUCCUCUCUCAGCAGGUCAUCUACGCAGUCAGUGAGAUGCUCGUAAAGAAGGGCUUUGUCGGCAUCCUGAAGCACUGGCUCACUCAGCUCUUUGUCGUCGUGUCCAACCAGAUGAACUACUCGGGCGAGUCAGCCAGCACGUCGCCAUUUGGCGCACUCCUGGUCAACAGUCAUCAGGACGACCAGUCGCUGCCCAAGAACAGGUACACCCCAUUCUUUAGCAAGGCCUUGCCUCAGAGCAUCAACAACUAUCACCAGAUCAUCGCCAAGGGUCUGUUCAAGAUCGCCAUCACAUUCUUCCGUUGUGAGCGCCGCAAGAAGAAGCUUGAGCCCACAUCGGCAGGCGACAUAGCUGCUCCACUCUUUAACAAUGUCGAGUGGACACCAUUGGUAUGCGGCUACAUCCACUCCAAGAAGACUGCGCAGUACGUCAAGUAUCCAAAGAAGCUUCUGUUGCUCAUCUGCACGACCAAGCCCGCGUACUAUAGUGUGCGCGAUGAGUACCUGCUCAAGAAGAAGUACGACAAGAUCCUGGCGUUGCAGAAGCAGUCCGGUGGCUUCAGCGAGGACAUCCACUACGAUCAAUUGAUCAAGUUGAUCAACUAUCUCACAAGCAUGGUUGAAGUCGCCUCCAACAGACCACACAGCUGGCAGUACUUCUCUUCGAACAACAAUGACGUCCUGUUGCGCCUGUUUAACAACCUCUUAUACCUUCCUGAGGACUCAUCGUCGCUCAUUCUUGAGUUGUUGACGUAUGCCUUUGUCAACGAAGAGACCACUGGAAAGGAGGAUGAGAAGUCUGGUGAAGAGGCAUCAUCAUCAAGCAAGGACGUCAAGGACAAGGACAAGGAUGUAGAGAUGACUGACACAUCUAUCGCUGCAAAGAACAUACCAAUGUUCUUGCAGGGUAACAUGCUGGACACACUGGUCAACACAAUGCUCCUUGAGCCCAACUCAUCCAACCUUCGUACCAACACCAGUAACUUCCUGUACUACCUCUGGAAGUCAUCCAAUGACGAACAGAAGGUAUUCAUCAACAGAAUCCUUUGGAGUAAACUGGAUCAGGUUGUGUCAUACGGCAAGAACGCCAAUGAGUUCAUGGAGUUGUUGACCUACUUCAUCAAUGGUGUCGAUCCAAGCACAUGGAAGCACCAGUUCAAUGAAUUCGCGGAUAUAUUCCUCAAGAGCUUCAGAGAGCAGAACCAGGUGAUUUACAAUCAUCCAAACUCCCAAAUAUACAGCAGCCUUGGAACGAUCUUGGAUCUUGAGGGAUACUACCUCGAGUCGGAGCCAUGCCUCGUGUGCAACAAUCCAGAGGUUCAAUAUCAGACCUACCGCCUGGACACACUGAAGCAGGAGGCCAAAUUCACAGAGUCAGCCCAACUGAUCAAGUUCAAUGGUGCCUACAACAUCCAGAAGUUGACAAUCAACAUCAGCGACAUCAAGAAGGCACGCAUGAUCAAGACAAUCAACCUCUACUACAACAACAAGAUCAUCACAGACAUUGGCGAACUCAAGGGCAAGUUCCAACAGUGGAAGAAGCUCAAGCAGGUGCACUUCACCGCCAAUCAGAACGAGAAGACCGUGCGCUUCCAGAUCCCCAUCACCGCUACCAACUUCAUGAUCGAGUACUUUGACUUCCACGACAACCUGCAAGCCCUGGCCACCGAGAAGCUUCAAUGUCCACGCUGUAGCCGCACUGUCACCGACAAGCACGGCCUGUGCAAGACGUGCCACGAGAACGCCCUGCAAUGCAAGCAGUGCCGCAACAUCAACUACGACCACCUCGAGGCAUUCCUGUGCAAUGAGUGUGGCUACUGCAAGCACGCUCGCUUCGACUACUCGUUCACGUGCAAGCCCACUGUGUCUAUCGAGAAGAUCGAGAACCAGGAGGACUACAAGCGCGCCUUUGUCAACAUUGAGAAGGAGUCAGAGAAUGCGCACAAGAAGUAUCAGCGUCUGAUCAGCUUCAAGAAGAUUAUCGCCAACCUGAUCACAUCAUUCCAGACUCAGGAGCCAUGGCCCAAGGAAGAGAUGUACAAUGCGGCCACUGGCACCACCGCCGCCACGACAGCCGCCACAACACAGGCCGCGGGCGGCGCCCAGCCCGCCGCUGCCACGGCCGCCUCGGCAUCCAACGUGCUUCAGCAGCUCAAGAUCAAUCGCAAGAUUGGCUACCUGUCGCGUCUCUAUGAGAAGGAGUGCAAGGUCAUCUUUGAGGGCUUGAGCAAGAGUGUGCAGAUACUGAUCAGCACUCGAAUGGAGAUCAUCAAGUACAUGAACACCAUUGCCAAGAAGCCAAAGACACGCGAGGGUACUCUUCGCGCGUCCAACAACUGCUUUGGCUGCUCGUGCUCCUUUGCCGAACAGUCGCUGUCCUUCCUCAAUCACCUAUCGCGCAAUGCCAACCUUACCGAGCUGCGCGACCUCCUCAUCAACAAGGGCCUCACCAAGGAGUUGUUCAGGAACAACAUCCACCAGGGCAAGAGCGAGUCGCGCAACCACGCCCGUCUGGCCAUCUCCUACCUUACCAAGAACAAUCAGGAGGCCACCACUCAGCUCAAUCAAUGGAUCAAGACAAAGAUCGACUACGUCAUGGACAACUACACGUCACUGGAUCUGCCCACGAUGAUCACCAGCGAGAUGAUGCUCACUCGCGACUGCUGCCAGCUCUCCGACCCAUACUGGCAGACACGCCUCAAGUUCGUCAUGGAGGUGUUCUUCAGGUCGAUCGAGAUCGGCUCGGAGAACCCUGUGAUCUCAGAGUAUAUCAUCCUGCCAUGCCUCAAGAUCGUGCUGGCCAUGUGCACACCCGAUCGAUCUGAUCUGAACGUAGGUGCCAAGGACCACGACAGCGAGGACACCCAGAAGAACCUGCAGUCCAAGUUUGAGCGAUUCAAGCUGCGCAAGAGUCCUCUGUCCUCACCUGUGGCCACCACAGACGCGGCCGCCAGCGGUGCCGCCGCAACAUCGGCAUCUUCAUCGUCGAGCAGCAGCAGCGCAUCCUCAUCACGCGCUGUCUCCACGUCACAGGACGGCUCUUCCAUGUCCUACUUUGAGCAGGCGGAGCCCAGCGUCAAGUAUGACGAGUGGCUCAACUCAUUCACAUUCGACUCGUGGUCACAGAGGUACCAGUCAUCAAUCCUAGCCAAUGGCGAAGAGUCUGGCGGCAGGACCUCGUUCACCGACCUUCCCACCGACCUCUCCCAAGUCGACAAAGAGCAGAGACGUCGCGAGAUUCGCGCGCGAUUCCUGGCCACCAAGUACGCUGCCAAGUGGAAAGCGAGGAUCUCAUCCAGGAAGGCCAGCAGCGCUGGCCCCAACCCACUGGACGGCAUGUUCCAAGAUGUCUGGGUCAAGAAGCUCCUGUUCAACUCGACCUCCUCGAUCCGUGUCGAGACAAUCAAUCUCAUGAACAUCCUCUCAAGGAGCAGCCCAACUCGCACACUCAAGUUCCUGGACCUCUUUGUCAAGAUGAUCCCCAACGCCUCCAAGGUUGGCGAGUACAGUGCAGAGUUCUUUGCCCUGUUCAACAAGCUCAUUCAGAGCAACGAGCGCAAAGUCUACCUCACACUGCACAAGUUCAUCCCAUACCUGUGCGACAUGAUCAUCAGCGAGAUCGACCGCAUCAACUCGAUGGAGUCAUCGUUCAACACCGACGUGUCUGAGGGCUUCGUGCUCAAGACGCUCGUGUCGAUCCUCAGCAGCUUUGUCGAGGUGCCCACAAUCAAGCUCAAGAUGAAGCGCGACAACAUGUUGGACAAGGUUCUGGACGCGUUCCUCUCGCUGCGUGGCAUCAUCAUCCAGAAGAACAAGCUCACAGAGGACUCGGUCAAGCAGCUGCAAGACAUCAUGAAGUCGCUCAACUCUGAGACCAAUGAGGACAACAAGAAGUUCAUCGCAGCCAACAUCAAGGCGCUCAACAAGCACAUCAACAAUGGUCGCACGCCAAUCUUCAUCUUUGAGCAGAUCUGCAACAUUGUCUGCCCCGUCAAGCCUGAGCCCGUCUACAACAUGAUCCUGACCAAGGCCUCGACACAGGAAGACUACAUCAGAGGCUCGAUGAACAAGAACCCAUACCCAUCCAAUGUGGUUGGCCCCCUGAUGCGCGACGUAAAGAACAAGAUCUGCAAAACCCUGGACCUUGGCUCAUUCCUCGAGGACGACAAUGGCAUGGAACUCCUGGUCGACAACAAGAUCAUCAAGCUCGAUCUACCCAUCCGCAAGGUGUACGAACAGGUGUGGAAGCGCAGCGCACAGGCGCAGCGCGUGCAGGACGCCAACAUCCCCAUGAUGGUUAUCUACCGUCUGCAAGGUCUGGACGGCGAGGCCACCGAGGAGAUCAUCGAGAACCUCAACGACACCAACAACGAGGAGCGUGACCCAGAGGAGGAGUUUGAGAUCACCACCAUCAUGUCGCAAUGUGGUGGCAUGGAGGCCAUGCUCAGCAUCAUUGAGCGCAUCAACGACUUCUCCGUGGAGAAGGAGCUUGCCCAGCUAGUUAUCAAGCUGCUCUCUGUCUGUGUCAGGAUCAAGGUCAACAGACAACAGCUGAUCACACAGAAUGGUGUCAGUCGCCUACUGGAGAAGUUGAAGCAGGCAUUCCAUCAGCCCGAGCUUGCCGAGUCGCUGCUGUUGAUCACCGAGGAGAUCGUUUCCGAGGCCAACCGCACAUAUUUGAGCAACUCCAACUCCAAGAUCGCCACACUCUCACAUCACAAGAGUAGUGCCGAGGCACAAGAGCAGAUGGCCAUGUUCCUGGACAAGCUGACCAGCCCUCUGGUCAAGUCCAACUCCAAACUCAUCCAGGCAAUGACUCGAGUCAUCCCCUUCCUCACCUAUGGCUACCGCGAGGUGAUGCAGUCGCUCGUCGACUUCUUUGCCCCAUCUCUCCAGUUUGAGGAGUUGGACGCCAAGCAGCUACCCAAGGACAGCCCCAUCACCACACACAUGGACUACUUCACCAAGAUCGCCGACUCUACCCGCGCCGACGAGAACGGCUACACUCUCAGGACACUGAUCCUCGAGCACGGUAUCACCGAGAAGCUGUUCAAGUAUAUCGACGAUCACUUCCCCGAAGGUAAGGACAAGGCAUCCAAGGAGUGGACCGACUCACUCGAGUUGCCCGCUCUCCCCUACGUUCUCGUCCUCCUCAAGGGUCUAGCCAAUGGACACGAGCCAACACAGCGAAUGGCAAUGGACAAGGGCAUCCUCAAGAGGAUCCAUAUGAUGGAGCAAAUUACAACUGGUGCCAGUCUGGGCACACUUGCCGAGAACCUAUUGGAGUCGCUCAAGGAGGGCAACAGUCAGGUGGCACAGGAAAUCAACGCGAUCCGUGUCGAGUCACGAACAGAGAAGAUGAAGCAAGCAGAGAAGCACAGAAUGGAAGUUUUGAAGGAGCUUGGUCUCUCCCAGCAAGGCAAGCACAUCACAGCCUCCUUUGUACCUGGCAGCAUUGAAGACCUGGAGGACGAGGAAGGAUUCACAUGCAUGGUGUGCCGCGAAGGCUACAGCUUCAAGCCAGACGAAUGUUCUUGGAGUGUACACCUACACCAAGAAGGUUCCCUUGCUUACCAAUGA